AUGGGUGAUUUAGGCAUUGAUGACAUAAUUGAUCAAAAUAAUGCAAGUUCUGAUUGUGAUAAUUGUAUUACUAAAUGUGAUGAUAUUGAAGUAGAGUGUGGUGAUAUUGAAGUAGAGUGUGGUGAUAUUGAAAAAGAGUGUGGUGAUUUGAAAGUAGAGUGUGGUGAUUUGAAAGUAGAGUGUGGUGAUAUUAAAAAAGAGUGUGAUGAUUUGAAAGUAGAGUGUGGUGAUUUGAAAGUAGAGUGUGGUGAUUUGAAAGUAGAGUGUGAUGAUAUUGAAGUAGAGUGUGAUGAUUUGAAAGUAGAGUGUGAUAAUUUGAAAGUAGAGUGUGAUGAUUUGAAAGUAGAGUGUGAUAAUUUGAAAGUAGAGUGUGAUGAUUUGAAAGUAAAGUGUGAUGAUAUUGAAAAAGAGUGUGAUGAUAUUGAAGUAGAGUGUGGUGAUAUUGAAGUAGAGUGUGUUGAUUUGAAAAAGAGUGUUGUAAUUCUGUAA